CACACACACACACACACACACUGAUACACACAGGGAUCCAGAGUUCCCUUCAAGGAUCCAGAGUUCCUGACCUGCUCACUUCUCACACAUUUAUUGUUUGUUAUCUUCUCUCACACACUGAUCUCCUGCAGUUUGCACCAGCAACAAAGACACUUCACCGGCCAACAUGGACUUCAGAAAGACACUGAUAAACAAGAGAAAAUACAUUAUUAUUGCCACUUUAUCUGUAUCUGUUGUGACCAUCAUAUUAGGACUGGGUCUAGGCCUCGGACUUCAGCUGCAACAGUGCAAGAACAAGUUGCCAGAAACAUGUCGGAACAGCUGCUGUUAUGAUUUUAUGGACAUCUGCCUCCAGCCGAGGUCUGUACUCUGAGUCUCACGGUUUAGUGGAUAACAACAUGUAUGACCCUGUAUUUAAUGCCUCAUUCAGUCUGUCGAAUGCAGAGAAGGACAAAGCCAGGUGGUACCUAGGACAACCGAUCUGGCUCACGGUGAUGGAUCAGGGUCUGCGAGCAGGAACUUUCUUCUGGCCAGGAUCAGAUGUUCAAAUAAAUGGAACUUUCCCAAAUAUAUAUGAGAAAUAUAAUGGAUCAAUUCCCUUUGAGCAGAGUUUUCACCGUACUGCAGUGGUUACAGUUGCCUGAUGAUCAGCGUCCUGAUUUCUACACUCUCUAUCUGGAGGAGCCGGAUAAAUCAGGACACAGCUUUGGACCUGUCAGUGGAGGGCUGAUCAGUGCAAUCCAAGGAGUGGACAAUGUGAUUGGACAGCUGAUGAACGGACUCAAACAGCUCGACCUCCACGAGUGCAUCAACAUCAUCGUUGUAGCUGAUCAUGUUGAUGCUGAAGGAUUAGUUGCCAAACUGACGUGUCAGAAGCCUGAUCAGAAGAUAAAGCCCUACCUCAAAGCUCACCUGCCCAAACGUUUCCACUAUGCACACAGCAGAUGCAUCGAGGAUGUCAACGUGCUCGUCGAAUCACUCUGGCUGUUCGAGAGAUACCCAGGUUCUCUCCAUUUUUGCUCUGGUGGAAAUCAUGGAUAUGACAACGAUGACCCUAACAUGCAGGCAAUGUUUCUUAGUUACAGCCCUACGUUUAUCUUUCAAACUGAGGUGGAGCCGUUCUCCAACCUUGAGCUUUAUAAUCUUAUGUGUGGUGAGUUUUGUUUUAUUAAUGUACAACCCUGUAAUUCACGUUUUCACAUUCUCUUUAUUGGCUGUUUGUCUGGAAGAAUGAACAUAGGGGUUCUGGUGAACAUUUUCACUGCUAACUUUUACGACACAAAUUACCUUUAAGUAAAACAUUUACCAAUACAAACUAUUACUGGCUGUUUGUCUGGAAGAAAGAACACAGGGGUUCUGGUGAACAUUUAAAAUGUUAACUUUUACGACACAAAUUACCAAAUUACAAAUUACAAACUAAAUAAAGUCUUGUUUAUAAACUAUGUCUCUGGUACAUUAUAAACCUUGUUAGCUUAUCCUUAUUGGGAAGGAUAAUAUCUAAUUUUAUUUAUAUUUGCUAAGAGAUAAUAAACUGUCCCAUUAACAUCAGAGCAGUCAAAAGAAGAAGAAAGAAAAAAGAAAAAAGAAAUUAAGGAAAGGGAAAUGAUGAGCACACUUGAAGGAAACACAGCAGGAUAAAAGUAGUUACAGCAUCUAAACCUUCCUGAAAUAUUACUGUAAUAAAGUUCAGUUCCUGAGGUAAAACAUUUCAAUUACAAUAAUAAGAAUAUUUCUAUUUUAUUAUGUUAUAUCCACAUGCCAAAAAGCCUCACUGAAAUAGAUGAAACUGCAGGUAAAAUAUAAUAAAUAAAGACAUAAUCUUAAGGAAUAAACAGGCCCCAGUCAGAAAAUCAACAAACAACACAAUUUAGUAACGAGUCCAGGACAAAGAACAAAAUGCUUGGGAAUGUCAGAAAGGGAAAAUCAGUAAAUAGUGUGUGUUGAAAUGAAUGAAAGAAAUAUUGAAAUGAAAGAAAUUAAUGUUUAUUUAAUGACUUGUCCUUUAACUGGUCAAUGAGAAACAUUUCAAAUUCAAACAGCACUUUUUAAAAAUUACAUUAUGUAAUAUUUUGCAACCUUUCAGACAAACUCUAAAUGAAGACUUACUGUACUUCAGAAUAUCUGCAAAACUCCAAAAGAUCUGGAAAAAAUUCCCACAUGAUUUUCUCAUACAGCUGCAAAAAUGUUCCUCAGACUAUUAAUGACUUAUUCACGGACUAUACAAAAGGUUAUUGUGCCUGCAGAAUUGCCUGCACAUGCAACUGCAAUUAUCCUAUUAGUUGCACACAAAUAAGAGGUCUUACUCGGAAUUUUCUAAUUUUCUAUUUCUGUACUAAAUAACAGGAUUUGUUUAUUUAUUUAUUUUUAUUUAUUUCAUUGCAGAUUAUUGUUAAUAGUUUUGUGAUAAUCGUUUGACAAAUGUUAGGUCUUAGAAAUUUAUGUGGAUCAGGAAACGUUCUAUGCAUGUUGUACAUUAUUAUGCAAUUUUCAAACAAUUGUCAAACGAUUAUCACAAAACUACUCUGCAAAAGUCUUUCUCAGCCUUUUUUUUUUAGAGAGAAAGCAGAUAUGCAGAUUUAAUGUAUUAUAAGUGAGAACACACCAACCACAAAUUUCAGUAAACAAAACAAGGAUUAGCAAAGCAAAGCUUCAACAUUAAUAUGACAUUAAAUAGGCUGCAAUGAUAACACAUAAGAUGUGUUCACAUGCUUAUGUUCAUUCAUUGUGAAUGUUGAUUGUGUCAUUUGUAUGUUCGUUCAUUCAUUCAUUCAUCACAACAUCGCUUUGUUUACCGAAAUUUGUGUUUGGUGUGUUCCAAACUUUUGCAGAGCGUUAAUUAUGGUCUAUAGGUCUAUAGAUCUAUGAUACUUCAAAAAGGAAUCAAAAGUAUACAUUAAUAAUUAAAGCUACUGAAAAUAGGAUCAAAAAGAUCAUGGAAUUUGGAAACCAAACAGCACAAGGUUCUUUUUUUCAGCACGUCAAACUGACAAAAAAGUGAAGUAAAGUGACAUACGGCUAAGUACGGUGACCCAGACUCAGAACUUGUUCUCUGCAUUUAACCCAUCCAAAGUGCACACACACAGCAAUGAACACACACACCCGGAGCAGUGGGCAGCCAUUUACG